AUGGAUGUCAUCUCGGUUCUUCUUGUCGCACUCGUGCUUGCAUUUUCUGUUCUAUGGAUGGUGUGCAGCUUCCUCAUGCGCUACUAUUGGGUGGCCAGUGCUCUCCGUCCAGUGAUGGAGAAGCAAGGCAUACGAGGCUCACCCAAUCCUCCGAAUCCCAUCUUUGAUGUUUUCUAUGGGAAGCCUGACAUGAAGGAGAUCAGCCACGAUAUUCUGCCUCAUGUUCUUCCCUGGGCCGCACAGCACAUCAAAUUCUAUGGGAACGUACACUUGAACUGGUGGCUGCGGGAGCCCCGGAUUGUGAUCUCAGAGCCCAAGAUAAUAUGGGAUCUGUUGAUGAAGAAGCACAAGGAUUUCGUCAAGUCCCACUUCAUCAAAGUCUUUUCUGAUGAUAUCUUUCAUAAGGGUCUCUUCCAUGCAAAUGGAGAAGAUUGGGCCCGGCAGAGACAGAUUGUAGCGCCCAGAUACUACAUUGACGAAGUCAAGGCAAUGGUUGGAGCUGUGAACAAUGCAACAAGCCAAGUCAUGGCAAAAUGGGAAGCCUUUGUGAAGGACAGUGGAGACGUGGAGAGGGAGCUGGAUGUUCAAGUUGAGUUCAUGAACUUGAAUGUGGAUGUUGUAGCGAGGACAACACUGGGGUUGGAAAACAGUGACUUUCAGAACAUUCUCAAGCUGAUCCCCUUCGGUAUAAACGUUGAACGGUGGAAAGUACGGAAACAGUUUAAUGACCUUGUUCGUAAGCAAGUGAGAGAGAGAAGAAAGAGGACGACAGGCAAUAACGUUGAUUUUAUUGGGAUGCUCUUGGAUAAUCCAGAUGUUAGAGAAGACGUGAUUGUCGCCGAGUUGAAAACACUCUAUGCUACAGGGUUUAUCAGCUUGGCCCCACUUCUCUCAUUCACAAUGUUGAUGCUGGCUCUCUAUCCCGAUUGGCAAGAGAAGGCAAGACAAGAAGUUGACCAAGUUCUGGAUGGAGAAGUUGACCAAGUUCUGGAUGGAGAAGUUGUUAGUCCCAAAGAUAUUGAGAUGAUUCUGCGAGAGACAUUGAGGCUGUAUCCCACAAUGCCGCUCAUCGCCAGGGUGUGCAUUAAAGACACUAUGCUGGGGGACGUGUUCAUUCCCAAAGGACUGGGGGUGAGCGUUAAUGUCGUUGCGCUGCAUCAUGACCGAGAUCUGUGGGGAGAUGAUGUAAAUGAAUUCAACCCAUCCCGCUUCAAGAAUGGUACUGCAACUGCAGCCAAGCAUCCCAUGGCGUUCAUGCCAUUUGCCUAUGGAGUUCGAACCUGCAUUGGAAGGGCCUUCUCUGAGAUGCAGUGCAAAAUAAUCAUUGCUAACAUCCUUCAGAGAUUCGAGGUUAAAUUGUCUCCAAAUUACCGGCACCACCCAGUCAUUACAGGACCCCUGAUCCCAAAGCAUGGCAUGCCUGUCAUACUCAAGCCAAGGCGGAACUUCUAA